UAGUUUCUGACGUAUUGUCUGUCAUCUGUUUACAUUCGAUUUUUGUUCGUGGUCAUUGUAUCGUAGUUAACCUGCCAUCCAUUUAUAGCAAUUUACCUUUAGUAAUAUUCAUGUCUCGAGUUUUGUAUGUGGAAAACACACAAGUAAAGUUCUGGGAAAAGUUUUUGGAAAGUAAUUGAAGUUGAAGAUGUCGGAAGACGAAUAUAAGUUGUACGAAGCUGGUGAACAUUGUUGGGGCAUGUUUGUAAUUUCUGAUAAUGUACUUGAAAAACUGUCGGAAUUAAAUUGCAAUGAACAUAAGGACGAUUCAGAUCCUCUACGACAGUUUUUUGAACACCAAAUCGAUGAAACUGUGCCAUCUAUUCAGAAUGCAAGAUGUACUGUGCAGCCAGUGAAAAGCAUCGAUACCGAUGAGAAUGUUUCUUUUGCCAUGAUGGAAACUGAUACUAUUUGUAUUGAUGGAGACGAAAACAAAAGUAUAGAAGGAACUGUAAACUUAAACACAGUUGAACAAAAAGACAUACCUGAUGAUCAAGACACAGGUGGAAACAGCGUGCAAUAUGAGGUGCCAGACUUGACGUGCCUUUUGGACGAGCAGGCGGCUACAGUUGAUCAGUUGAGCAGUGCCUCAGAGCAGCAGCUGGUCUCCGUUCUGCCCGUGUUGUCAGACGCAGGCCUCGUUCAUAUCUGCGCGCUUAUGUGCUCGGUGUCAGCAAGCGAGCAGAGCAAACUUGGAUCGCUCGUGUGCCGACUACUGCUCUUGCCCAGGCUUCAAGGAAAGGGUCACGAACCCUGCAGUCGUGCAGUUGUAAAUGCAUUAGUCAAGUUCACCAAGAGUCUACCGCAUCUAAGCUGUGCAGAAGUUCUGCUUCCCCUGAUGCUUACGUCAGACGCCGUUGAUGAAAAGGACGCCGCGCUUCAGAUUAUCUCAGAAGGUCUUGGCCCUCAACAUAAGGAAAACCUGCUAAGAAGUUUUCUGCAGUGUAAGCCUGAGAAACUGGAUGAGUGGAAGAUACCUCUUCUGCAAGAACUGUUACUCUCGCCCUGCGACGAUACUGCCAGACAGCAUCUAGUUCAGCUAUUGGCAGAUUCAGCGAGUGACUUCUCUUGCAACACUCGCUUUGCGAAACUGCUGAUUAGCGUCAUACAGCAACUCGGUCCCGGAGCUCCCGCUGAUGUCCGACAGCAGUUGGCCGAGCUGGUCGGUUGUAACAAAUCUGUCUUGAAGAGAGCUGCUGAGAAAGCACUUCAUGCAUUUUAGCUCUAGUGGGAAGGAAAGAUUGCCUUCAUCUUGCCCUUAAGUUCAAGACCAGAUCGGCUGUUGCGCCGGAAGCUUGUGAGUCUCCGCCGUCAUUGAAAGUGACCGUCGAAGUUAUGGGAGAGCCUGUAAUGCCCUCUUUCCUCCAUUGGCUUCAAUCUAUAUUAUGAGGCUGGCAGAGAUUUUAAGGAUUAUAAAUCUUUUAUUAUUGCAGAGCGAGUCCUACGUAACUCGGGACCCACCGCUUAUUACGCGACAGCCGCGUUCUGCGUUGUGACUAGUUCACUCACUUCUGCUGUCGUGGUGGGAUUCACAUUAAGUGGGACGUACUGUACAAUGUAAUUAUUCUUUUGUUUUCAUAUUUUCACUAAUAUAUAUUUUUGACUUUAAA